AUGGGCGAUUCAGGAAAACUGGAAGGUGAGGUAACUUUUGGCGGAAUAUUACCGGGCCUUGCCUCAGAAGCGAUCUACUACCAGACGCUCAUGGAAGAGGACUUUUGGUGGCUGGAGCUUUCUGAGAUCAAGAUUGGUACCGAAGCCACCUACAGGCGCUCCUUAACUGCAUCGCUUGAUACAGGAACAGAGGCUAUUAUUGGGCCGAAAAAUGUUAUCAACCAUAUCAAUCGCCGAUUUCCAGUUGUGGAACAUACAGCAACAGGCGUCGAAGUGGUGUGUGACAAUAUUGACCAACUACCAGAUAUCACGUUUGUUUUUGGCAAUUACAGAGCAACUAUCACCUAUAAAGAAUACAUCAGGAUU